AUGGGACACCGGACGUUACACUGGGCAAAUGCGAUUCGAGAGGCGCGGGAGUUGGACGACGCGCGGGCGAUCCACUGCAGUAUCCCCCCGGCUGACCAGAGCCUCUAUCUUGGAAAUCUUAUCGUCCAGAUGUAUGGGCGCUGCGGCAGCCCAGACGAGGCUCGCGCGAUGUUUGAUUCCAUGUCCGCGCACAAUCUUUUCUCGUGGUCUCUUAUGCUUACUGUGUAUUCCGAUCAAGGGAAUGCCCACGGCGCCAAGAACGUCUUUGACAGUGCGCUCGAGAGGAACAUAGUAACGUGGACUGUGAUGCUAGCUGCAUAUACCAACAUCGGGCAUUUUGAAGAGGCGAAGAAUGUGUUUGCCGUGAUGCCCGAGUGGAACGUAUUUUCAUGGAACACACUCCUAAAAGCUUUUAUACUUAACGGAGAGUUUGAUCAAGCCAAGAAGAUGUUUGAAUGUCACCCAAACCGCGAUGUCGUCUCUUGGUCUUUGAUGAUCCAAGCGUUUACCGACGGAAGGCAUCUUGAUGUUGUCAAAUCUCUCUUUGAUGCUAUGCCGGGAUGGGAUGUGGUGGCCUACAACGGCGUGAUCGCGUGCUAUGGAGUCAAUGGUCACAUAGAAGCGGCGAUGUCGGUGUUUGAUUCAAUGCCGGAGAGGAGUGUUCUCUCAUGGAAUGCCGCGAUGGCAGCGUUCUCCCAGCUUGGCAAACAAUCGCUUGGGAGCGUGAGGGAUCUAUUCCAUGCGGCCCCGGAGAAAACAAUCGUCACCUACAACUCGCUGCUCCAAGCCUGUGCGGCAGCCCUAGAGAUAGAGCACACAAAAAAUCUCUUUGACAAGAUGCCCGAGUGGGACAUUGUCUCAUGGAACAUACUUCUUGCCGCAUUUGCCGAAAACAAGCAACUUGAUCUUGUGAAGGAUUGCUUUCGCAGAAUGCCCGAAUCGGAUAUAGUGUCCUGGUAUUUGAUGCUCACGACGCUUGCGCAGAGCGAUCGCGUGGAGGAAUGCAAGGAAUUCUUCGACAAGAUGCCGGAGUGGCAUCUUGGGUGUUGGAGCUCUCUUUUGAGCGCGCUUGCCCGGGCAAGGCAAGAUGAAGCCACGAUCACGGUGUUUCAUUCGAUGCCUCGCCACGAUCUCGCGAGCUUUACGACGAUGAUCGCGCUCCACAACUGGGAAUCCGCGAGAAUUCUUUUCGACGCGAUGCCGGAGAGGGAUACCGUGGCUUGGAACGCGAUGAUGAGCGCUUACGCCAGGAGCUCUCUGUUCCAGCACGCGAUGGAGAUGUUCUACAGCAAUCCCGAGAGAAAUCUCGAGUCGUGGAAUGUGUUUCUCGCAAUCCAGGCGCGCAGCGGCGACCUGAUGCGCGCGAGGAGGACAUUCGAUCGGAUGGAGCAGCGCGAUUCCAUUUCGUGGAGCACCGUGAUCGAGGGUUUUGCGCAACACGGCGAGGGCGCGGACGCGGCCAUGGAGCUCUUAUCGGCGAUGAAGAUGGAGGGCGAGAGGAUCUGCGAGGUGAUCGUGACGAGCGCUCUAUCGUCGUGCAUCCACCAGGGUCUGCUGGCCCGAGCGUGGCAAAUCUUUACCGGAAUGAGCACGGAUUUUGGGCUGUGCCCCGUGAAAGAUCACUACUGCUCCAUGGUCGCGAUCCUAGGUCGCGCUGGAAAACUGGCCGAGGCCGAGGAGCUCACGAAAUCGAUGCCAUUCGAGCCAGAUUUUGCGGCCUGGGGCGCGCUUGUGGCGUCGGUCGAUCAGAAUCGUGCGAGAUCAGGAAUGCUGCUGCUCGGUUCCACCGCUGCCUGUGAUGCCGGAUCGCAUGCGUUGCUCGCAAACACGAUCAUAAGAUAG